GUAGAUUAAGAAGCAUGGCUGAACUCUGCGUUAACGACGAGAAACCCACGUUUGAUAAACCCAAGAUAGAGCUUCAUGUACAUCUUGAUGGUGCCAUCCGGGUUGAUACAGUAAUGGAUGUAGCCAAGAGGAGAGGUAUUGCCCUGCCUGUAGACACAGUUGAAGGAAUGCACUCCCUGUGCACAGUGAGUUGCCCAGGAACACUCACUGAGUUCCUGACAAAGUUUGGCCUGUACAUGCACGUCAUUGCAGGUGACCGAGAGGCCAUUAAAAGAAUUGCCUAUGAGUUUGUGGAGACCAAAGCCAAAGAAGGAGUGAUUUAUGUGGAAGCGAGGUACAGCCCUCACUUUUUAGCCAACUGCAAUGUGGAGCCGAUCCCUUGGGACCAGACGAAAGGUGAUCUGACACCAGACGAAGUGGUGAAUCUCGUGAACCAGGGCCUGAAAGAGGGCGAGAAGGCCUUCAAGGUCAAAGCCAGGUCCAUUUUGUGCUGCAUGCGGCACAUGCCAAACUGGUCCAUGGAAGUGGUAGAGCUGUGUAAGAAGUAUCGGAAUGAUGGUGUGGUGGCUAUCGAUCUAGCAGGAGACGAGUCUCUGAACUGCACCGCAUACCCUGGGCACUUAAAAGCAUAUGAGGAAGCAGUCAGAAGUGGCAUCCACAGAACAGUGCAUGCUGGAGAGGUGGGCGCUCCAUCUGUGGUGAGAGAGGCUGUGGAGGUGCUGAAAGCAGAGCGCAUUGGGCAUGGCUACCGCACAGUCCAAGAUGAAGCUCUGUACAAAGAAUUGCUCGAGCGGAACAUGCACUUUGAGGCCUGUCCAGUCUCCAGUAACCUGACAGGAGCCUGUGACCCAGACUUUACUAAGCACCCACUUAUCAGGUUCAGGGAAGACAAGGCAAACUACUCUCUGAACACAGACGACCCAAUGAUUUUCAACUCAAGCCUGGAAUCAGACUAUAAGGUUGUGAAGAAACACAUGGGCUUUACUGAGGAUGAAUUUAUACGUCUGAACUUAAAUGCAGCCAAGUCAUGCUUCCUGCCUGAAAAGGAGAAGAAGGACCUACUGAAUCAGCUUUAUGAGGCCUAUGGCAUGAUUAACAACACGUGCUUCUAGAAGCAGAUAAGCGAAGACCAGUUCUCCAUAACAGAUCAAGCCUUUUCAGUACACCGCCACAGAAAUAAUAGACCUCCACUGAGCCUGUACUCAGAUACCUGCUUCUUAUUCUGAGUUUACCUUAAAAUACAAGUGAACCUCAUUUUUUAUCAGUAGUCUUUGUAGUGAAUUAAAAAAAAGGGCAGCAAAGAUAUGAAAACAAUAAUUAAUAUUGGCAUAUGUAAAUUAAUGAGCUUUGGAUGAUAGCCUUAUAAAAUCCAUAAAUGCUUCAAUGCAAAUCAUUCUGCCUUGUGACUGCAGUGCAGUCACUGUUACACAUUUAAGAAUGUGCAGAACAAGUGCAUCUUAUGUCUUUAAAACCAAAAAAGAAAGCUGUGUGUUUAGUAUUUCUUUAAAGUAUCUCUAAAUUAGACCUGCCCUAAUUGUUACGUAAUUGUCUACUUACAAUUAUUUGAGCUACCUGUAAUCAUUUAAAAAAGACCCCUGCUGAUUUUCAUGAUAUACAUGAUAUUGCUUUUCCAAGCAGGUUAAUUAGAAAAUAGUUUAUUAUUAUUAUUAUUGAUCAUACCCCUGUGAAUUAUUUUUAAAGGAAUUGUCACCUCCAAGCUAUGUGCUGUUUUUAAUUUUUAAAUUA